AUGGACGGCGGCUUCGGAAACUACUCAACCACCUCAUAUGGCGGGCAAGGUGGCAUGGGAGGAGGAGGCUUUAUGCCAGGCGAAACGAACAGUCCUGCUGGUGGAAGACAAGGCGAAAACCCAACCCUCAGACCAGUAACCAUCAAACAAAUCCUCGACGCAACCCAAACACACCCCGAAGCCCCCUUCCAAAUCGACGGCGCAGACAUUGGAUCCGUCUUCUGCAUUGGUCAAGUCCGCAACAUCUCCACACAAAGCACAAACAUAACAUACAGACUCGACGACGGCACAGGUGAAAUUGACGCCAAACAAUGGGUCGACUCGACUACGGCGCGUAUAGAGGACAACAUGGAUGUGGAUGGGCAGGGAGUCAAGCACAGCACACGCAAAAAAGUGGAACUGCACGGUCAUGUGAAGGUGUUUGGCAAGCUUAAAGUGUUCGGGAAUAAGAAGUUCCUUGGGGCGCAUAAUGUGCGACCUGUGUCGGAUGUAAAUGAGGUACAUGUGCAUCUCUUGGAAGCGACGGCCACACAUCUUUUCUUCAAACAUGGACCUCCACCGAAGGCUGAUGGCAACGGAGCCGCGUCGGGUCCUGGCUUUGCUGGUAAUACUGCCAGUGACAUGAAAGGAGGAGACGAAUACAGCGGUGCUGCAGCCGGCGGUCGACCUCUCCCACCCAUGUCGGCAUCGGCACGACGAGUGUAUAACUUGCUCAAAAACGAACCCCAGAGCAAUGAAGGCCUUCAUAUGCAGAACAUUUCGGCCAAAUUGGGCUUACCAUCCACGGAGGUCGUCAAGGCGGGCGAUGAGCUGUUAUCGGCGGGAUUGAUCUUUUCGACAAUGGACGAAUAUACCUGGGCUAUUCUGGAGUUUUGA